AUGAGCCCACCCGAAUAUAACUCGAUAUCACCACCCCUAGGAAUAAGUUUACAUGAUGGGAGCGUUCUACAAAGUCAAGAUUCUAUAGAAUCCAAUAAUUCUAGUGGUUCAGGUAAAGUAUCAAAGAAUGAUAGUGAACAACCUAAGAAAAAGAGGAAAAGUACAGUUAGAGCUUGUGAUGCUUGUGCUAUACGGAAAGUCAAAUGUGAAGUUCAAAGACCUUGUCAUCAUUGUGUUGCAAAUAAUUUAAAUUGUACUCAAUUAAGACAACGUAAGAAAUCAGGACCGAAGAAUUUACAUCAAAAGACAUUGGAUUCAAUCAAUAGUUUAUCAGAAAGACAAAAAUUAGUCGAAGUCAAUAAGAAAUUUGAUAACAAUUAUGAGAAUCCCGAAACUAUAAUAGCAUCAAAUCAUUUUAAUCAUCCUAUUGAAAUGGUACCGCCAUCCCUAACAACAUCCCUAAUCAAUAAGAAUAUUGUGAAAGAUAAUAAACUAGAUCGUACCACAUUGGUGGAAAUUUUAAAUUUAGUUAAUGAACCUAUAAUGAACACCAUUUUAAAAGAAUAUACCAUUAAAUCAUUGAUUGAUAAUACUUAUAAAUUGGUGGAAUUUGUCAAUAAAGAUAUAAAAACAUUGAAUAACUUCAACAAUAAAGAUCCUAAUUACUUAUCAAAGGUAUUGUUAGUUUUAUCGUUCAAUUUAUUGAUUAUCGAGAAUUUGAUCAAAUUGAUCCAACUAAACAUGACAUUGAAUUAUUCUUUCAAGAUUCAUAAUAUUGAAUAUUAUAAGGAUUUGAAGAAUAUCAUUCUUGUCAAAUUAAUCGAAUUAUUUUCCAUCAUUGAUAAAUUACUUUUAUUCCCCAUGAUGAAAUAUAAUAACUUCCAGAUCUUCUAUAAUCAGUCUGUUAGUUGUAUAAAUUUAUUCGGAUACUUUGACCUUAUAACGAGAUUCAAUAAUAAUAAUCAUAAUGAUAAUAAGGAAGAAAUCGAUUCUGAGGAUCAUAACGAAUUAUAUUCAAACUAUUGUAAAGUCACAUAUUUAAGAAAAGCUGUGAGUUAUUAUAAUUUUGUAGAUUUAAAGAAUGAAUUCAUUAUCAAUAAGAAUGAUUUGACUAAUUUCCAAUUGAAUGAAUUAUUUGAAAAGUUAUUUGUACUUGAAAGAUUCAAUUACUUCAUUAAUCCUGAAAUCAUAAUAUCUGUUAAUUUGUUGGAUAUGACAUUUAAUUUGAAUUCUCCAAAUGCUAUUUUCAAAUGUUUCAAAUUACUUAAUAAUGACCGGUUGAUCUUCAAUAACUUGAAAUCAUUCAAUAUAUUGAAAAAUUUGAAUAAGUUCUUCAAAAUCAACCAUUAUCCUGAUUUACACAAUUUAAUGACAAAGAGUUACUUGAACGCAAAGAUAAAUUUGAUAAAUUAUACCAAAGAUAGUAAUUUCCAUUCAAUCUUGAUACAAAUAGUGAUCUUCAAAACCUUAAUGAUUUAUUCCAAUAACUUAGAAUUAACCUUCAUUGAACAAGAAUUAAUUGAAAUAGUUAGAAAUUUAAAUUCAUUGAUUAGUUUCAGUGAUUUGGUUUUCUUGAAAUUUUCAAAUUUGAAGCUUUUACCACAAUUAUUACAGAUCUUAAAGAUAAAUAUUGAUUUUGAAAAUAAUUUGAAUUACCUUGAAGAUUUAGUAUUGUACACUAAGAAAUUGUUUAAAUUCUUUAAAACAACAAAGAACAUCAGUCAAAUCAUUAGUUCUAAUAUUGUGGUUUAUGAUUGGUUCCAAGAAAUGAAAAAUUUGGAAAAAGUUGAUAUUUAUCAUCCCAAACCUGUUAAGAAUAUUUCAAAACAUGAUGGUAUUGGAUUUACAAGUAAAUCCGUACCCGUUUACCAGAACAAUCCAAAUGUUCCAAAUAAUUUAUCCAAUCCAAACUUAUCACAAAAUCUUCCUAAUUCAUCAAACUUAUCGAAUUCUGAUCCAACAUUAGAAACUUCAUCUUUCCCUCAAGCUAUUAGUCAACAAUCACCUCAACAAUUACAACAAUUACAAUUCCAAUUGAAUAAGCUACAACAAUCACAAAUCAAUCUCCAACAUAUCAGUAGUAAUUCGACUUAUGAAUCAUCUAAAGAUAAAUCUGAAAUCAAUGAUUUAUUACAAGAUUUUGGCAAUUCCAAAUUGAGUUCAAAUUCUUCAACUAAUCCUAAUUCAAUUGUAGUAACAACUAAUCCUUCACCUGAACCAGUUUCACCAAAACCAAAAGAGACUAAAUUAUCCGAUUUAACCAAUUCAAAUUCCACUAGUUAUUCAACAAUUAUUCAAGGUGGAGGUCCUGCACCUCCUAUUAUAACCCCAGCAACAGCUAUAAACAAGAAAGAUGAAAGUGAAAUCAAUUUAAAUGUUAGUGAGAGUACCAAAAAUCUAUAUAAUUUGUUUACUCAAAUUAAUGAUGAUGUUGGAACAGGAUCAAGUAAUAGUUUAACCAACUUAUUCCAAUUCAAUUCCAAUUUACAAACCAAUUCAUCAAUGAAUCUACCUAAAUUAUCAUCAUUAUCAAAUUUCAAAUCUUCAAAUAAUUUGAAUUUAAUCAAUUCAUCAUCCACGUUGAAUCUUUUCUUGAAUCGUAAUUCCGAACAAACUGAAGAAGUUGAGGAUGGUGAUAAAGUGAAAAAUGAACUUAAAAAUCAAUUCUUAUUAUAG